GUAAAGAUCCUGCAGACCCUUACUUAGAAAACAUGAUGCAGGAAGCACCAGGAGCUAUCAACUUUACCAUGUUCCUCACACUCUUUGGCGAGCGCCUGAACGGGACUGACCCAGAAGAUGUCAUCAAAAAUGCAUUCGCGUGUUUUGAUGAGGAUGGCAAAGGAACUGUCAAUGAAGAUUACUUGAGAGAGCUUCUAACUUCCAUGGGAGAUAGAUUUUCAGAUGACGAUGUGGAUGAGAUUUUCAGGGAGGCUCCAAUCAAGGCAGGCCACUUCAACUACGUGGAAUUCACACGUAUCCUCAAGCAUGGUACCAAGGACAAGGACGAGGUCUAGAUUGAAAACACUGGUGGCCAUGGUACCUUCCAUCCCCUCACCCAUGCAUGCUCUACCGCACUGCCAUAGUGUGGUAACAUUUUAACACACACCAGAUCAGUCUGUUUCUCCCCAUGAAUUCCUGUAGGUAGCCACCUGUACAGGAAUAAAGCUGAAUGCAAUGCCAAACACGCCUUAAAGCCUGGUUGACAUAUGAUGCCGAAGAUCUUUAGUUCUGGAAGCGGGCUUCUGGCGCUGCUGGGUCGUUAUGAUGGCCGUGAUCAUAGGAGACAGUUUGUUGUUGCUUUCAACACAAUGAGAAAUUAAGAAUUUUCUAAUAUUUUGGGUAUCAAUCAUUAAGUGAUCAUAUGUACACCAAGCUUUAUUAUUAGGGGAUGAUCUCCUUUACAUAAAUAUUUCAUCAUAUUAAGUCAGUGUCCAUGAUACCUGUUCUGUACACACAAACUUUUAUCAUUGGGAAGAUGAUGAAAAGUGAAUGGAGAGUGAUAGUAUUCUUCUCUCCAUAGCUAUCAUAUUGAAGAAAGGAUCAAUUUGUAAUGUGCAAUGGGGUGCCAUGGCUGUAAAAUGGAAACAAGUGAUUGGGCGGUUGCGGGUGCUGGUGCUGUCACUGUAUUGUAUAUGCCGGUUUUAAUUAAGGUGUUUUAUACUGUAGCAAUAAUUCUGAUUUAUAACCAUUCCAAUUUGUGCAGUUUCCCCUAGAUGCCUGUUUAUUGUAUUUUAUCGAUAUCCAUUUUUCUUUAGCUGCAAUUAAUCAACGAAUUUUGUAUUAAUCUUCAAUUGUGUGUCUAUGUAUAUAUGCAGAAUGGUGAUGAGGACAGCUGUCAGACAGGUAGUUUGUUUUGGCAUCAACACUUCCUUAAACGCAUUUUUGUAUGACUGCACUUUUUUUCGUUGUUUGCACAGAAAUAUUUAAUGAUUGAUCGCUAAAAUUAGCUUUGGAGUAAAUUUAUAAUAUUGGAGAAUCUCAUGAUUGCCCAGUCGAUUACGUCUUAAUCGAUUAUGAAAUUAAAAUGUAUUAAACAUGUUUUCAAACGUGGUAAUCUUUUCA